UCUUUUUUUCCCUUGGUAGCAUCCCACUCUCUUCCCAGUUCGCAUCUCAUAAACAACGCUCGUUCAGUUUCACUGUUCAAGUUCCAGAACAUGGAUUCCCACAAUGCAGCAUGUCACGACCUUAGUUUAAGAUAACCCUUAUAAUGGAACGACUUCGUUGGAACCUCCUUUCCUUCCUCCUUCUAUCACUGGUUUGCACGGUUCUCUCCGUGACGGACCCAAACGACGUGAAAAUUCUGAACCAAUUCAGAAAAGGGUUGAAGAACCCAGAACUAUUACCGUGGCCCGAAGAAGGAGGAGACCCGUGUGGCAACCCUCAGUGGAAAUACAUCUUCUGCAACGGCGACAGAGUCUCUCAGAUUCAAACCAAAAACUUGGGCCUCGCAGGCCCACUCCCUCACAACUUCAACCAACUCUCCAUGUUAGAGAAUCUGGGCCUUCAGAUCAACAACCUCAAUGGUCCCUUACCAUCCUUCAGAGGCUUAUCCAAACUAAAAUACGCGUUUCUCAACCAUAACGAUUUCGAUUCCAUUCCCCAAGAUUUCUUCAUUGGACUCGAGAGUCUCGAGGUUGUCGCCUUGGAUUAUAACAACCUCAAUGCCACUACUAAUGGGUGGCAAUUCCCUUCCACGUUGCAGGGUUCUGCACAGUUGACUAAUUUGUCUUGUAUGAGUUGCAAUUUUGUUGGUUCGAUUCCUGGGUUUCUGGGGAGCAUGGUUUCUCUGUCGGUUUUGCAACUUUCUGGCAAUAAUUUAUCCGGCGAGAUUCCGGCGACAUUUAAUGGUGUUCCGGCGUUGCAGAUUCUGUGGCUGAAUAACCAGCAGGGUGGUGGGCUUAGUGGGAGUAUUGACAUUGUUGCAACCAUGGUUUCGAUGACGAGUUUGUGGCUUCAUGGAAACCAGUUUCGAGGAACUGUUCCUGAGAAAAUUGGGGAUUUGGUUUCUCUCAAGGAUCUUGAUCUUAAUGGGAACCAGCUUGUUGGGUUUGUUCCUGAUGCUUUGGGUAAAAUGCAGUUAGAAAGGUUGGAUUUGAAUAAUAACCACUUCAUUGGUCCAAUUCCGAAAUUUGCAGCUGCUAAGGUUACUUUUGCUUCGAAUAAUUUUUGUCAAUCUAAACCUGGGGUUUUGUGUUCCUUUGAGGUAAUGAUGUUGUUGGAGUUUCUUGGCGGGUUGAAUUAUCCUUUGAAUCUGGUUGAUUCGUGGAGUGGUAAUGACCCGUGUAAUGGACCAUGGUUGGGAAUAAAGUGCAAUGCUAAAGGAAAGGUGUCUAUGAUUGUUUUGACUAACUUUAAUCUUAGUGGUACUUUAAGUCCUUCUGUUGCAAAUUUGGGUUCUCUUGUUGAAAUCAGAUUGGGGGGUAACAAUCUAAGUGGUAGCAUACCAAGCGAUUGGACUAGCUUGAGAUAUUUGACUCUGUUGGAUCUAAGUGGCAAUAACAUUUCCCCUCCCUUGCCGAAUUUCGGGAAAAGCUUGAAACUUGUGAUUGAUGGUAAUCCUUUGUUAGUUCGUGGCAUUGGCAAGCCAGAAGUUCCUCCAUCUGGGACUGGCUUCCCUUCCCCAUCCAGAAAGGCUGAACCACCUUCAUAUGGUGAUCUUAAACCAAAGCCUCCGGCGGAUUCAAAUCCCAGUUCCGGUGAUUCUCAUGAAUCAAGUAGUUCCAAAAGGAAAAACUUGGUUCCAAUUGUAGCCCCCAUUGUAGCUGUUGCAGCUGCAGCUUCUCUACUUGUUCCCCUUUAUGUAUACUGUUUCAGGAGGAGAAAAGGUGUCUCUGAGGGUCCAAGUUCACUAGUAAUUCACCCUAGGGACCCAUCUGAUUCAGACAAAGUGCUAAAGAUUGUUGUUGCUAACAACAGCAAUGGAAACAUUUCAACUGUUACUGGAAGUGGGUCUGGAAGUGCAAAUGGAAAUGGGGAGUCUCAUGUCUUUGAAGCUGGAAAUCUUGUCAUAUCAGUUCAAGUUCUUCGAAGUGUGACCAAGAAUUUUGCACCAGAGAAUGAGCUUGGACGUGGUGGAUUUGGGGUUGUUUACAAGGGAGAAUUGGAUGAUGGGACUAAAAUUGCCGUGAAAAGAAUGGAAGCGGGUGUGAUUAGCAGCAAGGCCUUGGAUGAAUUCCAAUCUGAAAUUGCAGUUCUAUCAAAAGUCCGGCACCGCCAUUUAGUGUCUCUUUUGGGUUAUUCAAUUGAAGGUUCUGAGAGGAUUCUAGUUUAUGAGCAUAUGCCACAAGGGGCUCUCAGUAUGCAUCUUUUCCAUUGGAAGGGCCUUCAACUGGAGCCCCUCUCUUGGAAGAGGAGGCUCAAUAUAGCCUUGGAUGUUGCUAGAGGAAUGGAGUAUCUUCAUAGUCUAGCUCGCCAGAGCUUCAUUCACAGAGAUCUCAAGUCAUCAAAUAUUUUGCUUGGGGAUGACUUUAGAGCAAAAGUCUCAGAUUUUGGAUUGGUAAAACUUGCACCUGAUGGCAAAAAAUCUGUAGUGACCAGGCUUGCUGGUACAUUUGGAUACUUGGCACCUGAAUAUGCAGUGACAGGAAAGAUCACUACUAAAGCAGAUGUUUUCAGUUUUGGCGUGGUGCUGAUGGAGCUGUUAACCGGAUUAAUGGCACUUGAUGAGAAUAGACCUGAGGAAAGCCAAUACUUGGCAUCAUGGUUCUGGCACAUAAAAUCAGACAAGGAGAAACUAAUGGCUGCUACUGACCCAGCCCUUGACAUAAAGGAGGAAACAUUUGAUAGUAUCUCCAUCAUUGCUGAGUUAGCCGGGCACUGCACUGCCAGAGAACCACACCAAAGGCCAGAUAUGAGUCACGCUGUGAAUGUUCUGGCACCGCUUGUUGAAAAAUGGAAACCACUACUUGAUGACACCGAGGAGUAUGCCGGCAUAGAUUAUACUCUUCCCCUUAACCAAAUGGUGAAGGACUGGCAAGAAACAGAAGGAAAGGACUUGAGCUAUAUGGACUUGCAAGACAGCAAAAGUAGCAUCCCUGCAAGACCUACUGGAUUUGCAGAGUCUUUUACUUCUGCUGAUGGCCGGUGAAGCAAGUUGUUUGUUGAUUUCUUGAAUGCAUCCUAUUUCCCUUUUUCUUGUUUAAUCAGUUGGUGUCAACAUGGAUUGAAAUCAACCAUUGCAUUUCCUGUCUCCACUGUUACAAAGUGACGUGUGAUUAAAAUAUUAACACUUUCUUAGUUGUUAAUUUUCUUUAAUCACUCGCUGCUUUUUUAUUAAGAGAUGGGAAAUGAAGAAGUGAUUUGGUAGUGUAGACACUUCUGCUUGUUCUUUCCUCUCAGGCUUGGCAAGUGUUCUAGUGUC